UGCGUACAGUCAGGCAGCAGCCGGGGCGACUUCCUUCCUCUCCGUGCAAGAUGGCUGGGGGCGAGGCUGGAGUGACUCUAGGGCAGCCGCAUCUUUCUCGUCAGGAUCUCGCCACCUUGGAUGUUACCAAGUUGACGCCACUUUCACACGAAGUUAUCAGCAGACAAGCCACAAUUAAUAUAGGUACAAUUGGUCAUGUGGCUCAUGGCAAAUCCACAGUUGUAAAAGCUAUUUCUGGAGUUCACACUGUCAGGUUCAAAAAUGAACUAGAAAGAAACAUUACAAUCAAACUUGGAUAUGCUAAUGCUAAGAUUUAUAAACUUGAUGACCCAAGUUGUCCUCGGCCAGAAUGUUACAGAUCCUGUGGAAGUAGUACACCCGAUGAGUUUCCUACAGACAUUCCAGGGACCAAAGGGAACUUCAGAUUAGUCAGACAUGUUUCCUUUGUUGACUGUCCUGGCCACGAUAUUUUGAUGGCUACUAUGCUGAACGGUGCAGCAGUAAUGGAUGCGGCUCUUCUGUUGAUAGCUGGUAAUGAGUCUUGUCCUCAACCUCAGACUUCUGAACACCUGGCUGCUAUAGAAAUCAUGAAACUGAAGCAUAUUUUGAUUCUACAAAAUAAAAUUGAUUUGGUAAAAGAAAGCCAGGCUAAAGAACAAUAUGAACAGAUCCUUGCAUUUGUACAAGGUACAGUAGCAGAAGGCGCUCCUAUUAUUCCAAUUUCUGCUCAGUUGAAAUACAAUAUUGAAGUUGUCUGUGAGUACAUAGUAAAGAAAAUUCCAGUACCCCCAAGAGACUUUACUUCCGAACCUCGACUUAUUGUUAUUAGAUCCUUUGAUGUCAACAAACCUGGCUGUGAAGUUGAUGACCUUAAGGGGGGUGUAGCUGGUGGCAGUAUUCUAAAAGGAGUAUUAAAGGUGGGCCAGGAAAUAGAAGUCAGACCUGGUAUUGUUUCCAAAGAUAGCGAAGGAAAGCUCAUGUGUAAACCAAUCUUUUCCAAAAUUGUAUCCCUCUUCGCAGAACAUAAUGAUCUUCAGUAUGCUGCUCCAGGAGGUCUUAUUGGAGUUGGAACAAAAAUUGACCCCACUUUGUGCCGGGCUGACAGAAUGGUGGGGCAGGUACUUGGUGCAGUUGGAGCUUUACCUGAAAUCUUCACCGAGUUGGAAAUCUCCUAUUUCCUGCUGAGACGGCUUCUAGGUGUACGCACUGAGGGAGACAAGAAAGCAGCAAAGGUGCAAAAGCUAUCUAAGAAUGAAGUGCUCAUGGUAAACAUAGGAUCCCUGUCGACAGGAGGAAGAGUUAGUGCAGUCAAGGCCGAUUUGGGCAAAAUCGUUUUGACUAAUCCUGUGUGCACAGAAGUAGGAGAAAAAAUUGCCCUUAGCCGAAGAGUUGAGAAACAUUGGCGUUUAAUUGGUUGGGGUCAAAUAAGAAGAGGAGUGACAAUCAAGCCAACAGUAGAUGAUGACUGAAGAAUUCCAGUUAAAUAAUACAUUAGGAUGAAGUCGGAAUUUCUCUUAAUAACCUAGGGGUAUAUUUUCAAAGCAUUACUGGGGAACUCAUUACCUUAGUAGUAGCUGUAAGGUUAUUCUCAUUUUUUGGUGAUGAAAAUUUAACCUCUAGUACUAAAAUAGCCUCUACAGUAAAUGUAAAAAUUGGCAUAAUGGUGGAUUGAAUCUACAUUUUACCAGAAAUUAAUCAUUCCCAAAUAAUGUCUAAUUUAUACAUCAGUGCAGGUUUGAAAUGAAAUGGUUUGCUACAACCAGCCUUUGCUGUAGCACACAUACCACUGAACCUGUUUGAAAUAAAGUCUUUCUUCUUA